UCUGGUCAAGGUCGAUUGGAAGGUCACCUUUUGAAAGCAGCCGAUGCAUACACUUGUGGGAGGUGCUUAAUUUCCAAAAAUGGAUUGUAGAAGUAAUAGCAGUUCUAAGCAGCCCCCACCGCUACAGUCUUAUAGAAGCAGGCAAGAUAGCGUCAUGGCGUUACCGGGAAGAGAAGGACAGGAACUUACCUAUGGAAGUGGGGCCGGGAAAGCUAUUGGUGUCUUCACCAGUGGUGGUGACUCGCAGGGUAUGAACUCGGCUGUUCGGGCAGUAGUGCGUAUGGGAUUUUAUCUAGGAUGUAAAGUCUAUUAUAUCAGAGAGGGUUACCAAGGAAUGGUAGAUGGCGGAGAUCACAUACAGGAAGCAACAUGGGCCAGCUCUUCUGGGAUUAUGCAGUUGGGUGGUACUGUGAUUGGCAGUGCUCGAUGUUCAGAUUUUCGUUCAAGAGAGGGUCGAUUGAAAGCAGCAGAAAAUCUUGUCAAGUGUAACAUAACCAACUUGGUGGUGAUUGGUGGAGAUGGAAGUCUGACCGGUGCAAACCUUUUCAGGAUUGAAUGGUCAAGUCUGUUGGAUGAACUGCUAAAAGCUGAGAGGAUAACCGCUGACCACCACACAAAUUGCAGCCACCUUAACAUUGUGGGGAUGGUGGGGUCAAUAGAUAAUGACUUCUGUGGUACCGACAUGACCAUAGGCACAGACUCAGCUCUACACAGAAUCAUAGAGGCUGUAGAUGCUAUAGCCACAACAGCCUCGAGUCACCAGAGGGCAUUUGUGUUAGAAGUCAUGGGACGUCACUGUGGGUACCUGGGUUUAGUAGCUGCUCUUGCCACAGAAGCUGAUUGGGUGUUUAUCCCAGAGUGGCCACCAGAGGCAGGCUGGGAGGACACUCUUUGUAACAAGCUGGCUGCUGAGAGAGCUUUAGGUCAAAGGUUGAACAUCAUACUAGUGGCUGAAGGAGCUAUUGACCGAGAUGGAAAGAGUAUUACAGCUGACAUGGUGAAAAAUCUGAUCACAGAGCGCCUGAAAUAUGAUACCAGGAUUACUGUGCUUGGACACGUCCAGAGAGGAGGCAAGCCGACUGCAUUUGACAGAAUUCUGGGGGCACGUAUGGGAGCUGAGGCAGUACUAGCCCUGAUGGAUGCUGCACCAGACACGCCAGCUUGUGUGGUAUCGCUGGAUGGUAACCAAACUGUUAGAGUUCCUCUCAUGGAAUGUGUCCAGAGGACAAAGGCUGUACAAAAUGCUAUGGACGCCAAAAACUUUGAAGAAGCAGUCCGUCUUCGAGGAAAGAGUUUCCAAAAUAAUCUGGCUACAUAUAGAAAAUUGAGUAAGCUGCGGCCACCCAAGGGUUUGUGUGACAGUUCCGGUAAACACUGUGUUACUGGAAAAAAGCUAGCGGUGAUGAACAUCGGUGCUCCAGCUUGCGGUGCUAAUGCUGCGGUUAGAUCCUUUGUCCGUCUUGCCUUGACUCAAGGUUAUGAAGUGCUAGGAAUCCACGACUCAUUUGAUGGACUUCUGUUUGGGGAUGAAAACCCACACGAGGUUUUCUUUGAUUUCUCUGAAGGAUUGACCCACGUGGUGGAGCCGGAUGAUCACAAACGAAGAAGGGUGAAAUCUUUGGCCUGGACAGACGUCCAGAGCUGGACAGGCAGGGGAGGUUCUCUGUUGGGUACCAAGAAGAUCGUAGCCAGUAAGUACGGAAUGGAUAAGAUUGCAGCCAAACUGAAGGAAUAUGACAUCAGUGGAUUGUUGAUUGUGGGAGGAUUUGAGGCGUACCACAGUGCUCUACAGAUGGCCGAGGCCCGGGAAAAGUUUGAUGCGUACUGUAUACCUAUUGUAGUAAUCCCCUGUACCAUUAGUAACAACGUCCCAGGGACAGACUUCAGUCUUGGUGCCGACACUGCUCUAAAUGAAAUAGCAGAUAUCUGUGAUAGAAUUAAACAGUCAGCCACAGGAACAAAGAGACGCCUGUUUAUUGUUGAGACAAUGGGUGGCUACUGUGGCUACCUGGCAACCAUGAGUGGUCUGGCUGGAGGUGCUGAUGCUGCAUAUAUCUAUGAGGAAAACUUUAAUAUCACAGAUCUUAGGAAUGAUGUAAACCAUUUAAAGGAUAAGAUCAUCAAUGCUGGUGUUCAACGUGGUCUUAUUCUCAGGAAUGAAAAUGCCAAUGCCAACUACUCAACAGAUUUUGUGUUUAACCUGUUUUCUGAGGAGGGCAAAGGUACAUUUACCUGUCGUAAGAACGUGCUGGGACACAUGCAGCAGGGUGGAGUGCCCUCUCCAUUUGACAGGAACUACGGAACUAAGAUGGCGAGCAAAGCUCUCGAUUACAUGAUUGGGAAAAUUGAAGAAAACAGAAAUGAAGAUGGGACAGUGUUCAGCAAUAAUCCAGACUCGGCAGUAUUACUAGGAAUGACCAAACGACAUCUCUCAUUCACACCUGUUCAGGAGCUGCGUCCAGACACAAACUUCGAACAAAGGAUUCCAAAGAGCCAAUGGUGGUUAAAACUGCGACCAUUGCUUAGGAUUCUUGCCAAGCAUAGUGAGACUGCUUACGUAACCGAAGGUGUGACUUGUGGCGUAGACGAGGUGGAAGACGAGGACAACGCAUAAACCCAAAGGAAAUUAAUGCAAGUUAAUGUGGACUAUUUUUGAGGAUAACAACUUCAGAAGUCUUAACCACAAAUACAAUUGAAUCAUUGUUGUAAGAUUUGAUGAUUCCACACAAACAUAUGAAAAUAUCAAAUAAAUUUGUACAUCUCGUGGAGUGUAAGAGAAUUUGAAGACAUGGAUAACACCCAUAGACUGACCAUGCAUGUGGCCUGUUGGUCAUUUCUUAUGAUCUGAACGGCUGCUUCACAAGGCACGUAUUCCCUUGCGGCCCAAACAUACAUUAAUAUCUCCAAAAUAUCAUUAAGUAUUACGGAAUAGUUUUUAUCUAAUUUUCUUUUUAUUCAAAUUUUAAAAAUAUAUAAAAGAACAAACUUUAUUGAAGAAUAUUACAUAAAUUAUUUGGUUAUCGUGCUGUUUUUGAUAUUUGAUCAAUUUUCAAAUGAUGCUUAAAUAUCAAAUAACAGUGGAAAAUACAUAAUAGAAGACCACCUUUUAUCAAGAUCUUUAAAGUAAUUCUAUCAGUAGUUGUUAUAGAUUCACUGUUUUGUAAGCAAUGUUUUAUAGUUACAGUGUUGACAGGGUAUUGCUAUGUAGUACAUGAUAUAGGUUUUAUCAGAGUCAGUGUGAUAACUAGGAUAGAGGCUGUGAUAUUAAGAUACUGUAAUAUCCUAUACGUUUUUUCAUGGAGAUCAAAAUUCUGCAGUGCCCGGAACAAAUUCAGGGGGUUUAUUUAAGACAUGACUGUUAAAGUUAUUCUAUAAUUGUUGUAAGAUAAUCUGUACAUGACAAUUUUCUUAUCCACCCGUUUCUUUAUAAUUCUGACAGCCAAAGAUAAAAACUGGUUACUUGAUUUCACGCACCUACAAUCUUGGCUUCUAUCACGACAUGGUGACAUCAGAUGUAGUACUUAUGUACAUUAUAUUUAUUGAUUAAUCACGAUAUGUCCUCUCUAAGUAUACCAAUUGUUCUCCAUGAUCUAGAAAUGAACAGCAAUUCAAUUUUUGCAUAAUGUAGCUUUGUUAUGUUGAUUAGACAGCCAUUGAGUACAAAUUUGAAAUCCAUGAAAAAUAUAAAUGAAAGUGAUGUAGAUUGUAAUUUCAGUAUUAUAUGUAAUAUUUGAUAUUGAUAUUUUGAUUAUCAUGUAUGGAGUAUCUAGGGGAUGCUAUAAUGUUUACCAAAGAUUUUACAAAAACUUACUGAUACAUGCCAAUUCCUUAUUGUAGGAAGUUAUUGAGAUUUAAUGGAUUUUCUUGCCACAUCUCUAGACCACCUAAUACCGUAGUUAGUGUACUUUGAUUUGUACAUGUACCUGAACAAGCAUGUUUACGGAUAAAGAAAAUUUCCUUCCACACUUCAGGAACGGUUGUAACAUAUAUAACAUAAAAGGAGAAAUUCAUGUUAAAGAUGGAAGUAAAUUGUAUUCAUUUAAAAUACUUCUUCCAGUCUCAGUCUAUAUAAUUCUGUGAUAAGUUAUGUCUGUUGGGGAAAAAAUAUAUGAAUUUUUUUUAUUUUUUUUUUUGACUUUUGGAAUUUCUGAAAAUAAACAGAGCAGGACAUAAACAAUAUUAUAUCGAUGUAGAAAAUAGGCCCCAUAAAAUGGAAUUGUAGAUUGAUCAAUCUUGUAAUAAUUAUGAGACUUAGAGUUUAAAAACUAUGUUUACGGUUUUUCAAGAAAAGGAAUCGAAUGAAACUUUCUGAUUGGAAUUGUCAUGCAUUUGAAUUCUUCUUGAUUUGAAUUUUUUUUUCUUUUUUUCCCGAAAUAUUUUUGUUAUGAUAUAUGUCUUUCUAAAAAGGUGCUUUAAGUUUUUAACUUGAUGUUGAAGUUUUUGUUAUGCUUUGCUUUUGUGUUGUGCCGCUGUUGUGAAAAAAUCAUGUUUCAUACAUGUUUUACCGUUUUAUUGAAAUUGGAAACUUAGAUAUUUGUUGUAUUGUAUUUUUUCUUCUACUUGACUUUUGUGCCACAGCAUUCCACAUAUGCAUGAACACACAAUAGUGUUCCUCAAAACAUAUUGCACUGAUUUGAAAAAUAGCCAACUGUCCCAAUGUACAGGUGAUCAAAUAUUGAAAAUUAUGUUUUGAACUUUGUAACUUAAAACAUUCAGUCCAAUAAGAAUGUACUGUGUAGCCUUAUUCUUCACAAGAAAGUUUCUGUUUAACGUGCAGGUUGAUUUUUACUGAUUUCCUAAAGAAUCUGUAAGCUCUUAGUAAAGAAUCUGUGAACACUUACUAAGGAAGCUGUAAGCUCUUACUAAGGAAGAUGUAAGCUCUUACUAAGAAAGUCAUAAGCUCUUACUAAGGAAGCUGUGAGCUCUUACUAAGAAAGUCAUAAGCUCUUACUAAGGAAGAUGUAAGCUCUUACUAAGGAUGCUGAAAGCUCUUACUAAGGAUGCUGAAAGCUCUUACUAAAGAUGCUGUAAGCUCUUACUAUAAGGAAGCUGUAAGCUCUUACUACAGAAGCUGAAUGCUAUUGCUAAAGAAGUUUAAAGAUUUUGCUAAGAAACAGAGCACUUGCUGAAUAUGUUGUAAGGUCUUGCCAAAUAAAGAAGCUGUAAGCUCUUGCUAAGAAACUGGGCACUUGCUAAAGAAUCUGUAAGCUUUUGCUAAAUAAUCUGUAAGCUAUUGCUAAAGAAGCUUUGAGCUCUUGCUAAAUAAAGAAGCUGUAAGGUCUUA